AUGCACGCCUACAGCUACAUUCCCGCCGUGGGAUUCACUCUCAUUGCUGUUGCAUUGGCGCAGAGCAACUCCAUGGUUGUGCCGGGUGCCGUGAAUCCCAUUGCAGCCAACGUCACCAACACGAAGCGAUCCUAUGGGCUUGUCAACCACGGUACCUCAGUCCGACGGGAUGUACUGAAACGUGCUGUCAACGGUAUCUGCGAUGCUCUACCUUCCAAGUGGAGUUAUAUGGGAUGCUACUCUGAUUCGCCGUCGACUAGAGUCCUCUCAGGCGACCGCUGGUGCCCUGAUGACCCCAACGGUCUGUCACAGGAGACUUGCAUCGAGUUUUGCGAUGGAAAGGGAUAUGGUCUGGCCGGUGUGGAAUGGGGUAAGGAAUGCUAUUGUGGCUACCUGCUCGACUCGUCUGCCCUCAAGUCCGCAGAGACCGACUGCAGCAUGCCCUGCACUGGAAACAAGGACGAGGUCUGCGGUAACGGCGGGCGCAUCAACGUCUUCACCAACGGCGAUUCGGCACCUGCGGUCCUGGCCGCGUCUGGAGACUUUACCUCGAUCGGAUGCUACUCCGAUCAGGCCUCCGCGCGAACCUUGACUACUCGCGUCAGCCUUCCCGGAAACGUGAGAGUCAGUGAUUGCACCACGGCUUGUGCCAACCAAGGCUUCCAGUACGCGGGACUUGAGUUUGGUCAGGAGUGCUACUGCGGCGCCAGCAUCCAAAAUGGCGGCGCACCUAUCUCGGACAAGUCUUGCAACAUGGCCUGCACUGCCGACAAGACGGAGUUUUGCGGUGGCAGAGCUGCCAUCAACAUUUACAAGAGCUCUGUUCCGCAACAAGGACCGAGCAAGAUUCCCGACAAUUGGUCCUCGAAAGGCUGCUACACCGAUAGCCCGUCUACACGUGCUCUUUCUUUCAAAGUGCCCAACUUUGGAAACUUCAGCGCCGCCCAGUGUGUUUCUCAAUGCUCUACUCUCAACUACCAAUAUGCUGGUCUCGAGUAUGGCUCCGAAUGCUGGUGUGGCAACUCCAUCGACAACGGCAACGCCCCGGCUUCCAGCGGAUGCGACAUGGCCUGCGUCGGUAACCAUGCGGACACCUGCGGAGGUGCCGGACGCGUCAAUAUCUAUCAGGCUGCCUGCAACGGUACCCCGGGCUGUCAUUUCGGAUACGGUCUGAUCCGUCUUCUUUUCACCGCGAGUAACGUGAAGCAAUGCGAAGAUGCCUGCCACGCGGACCCGAAUUGUCUUUCCAUUCAAUUCGGAACUGAGCCCAGCUCUACUGCCCCGUUCUGCAACCUCUUCAAGUAUCCCAUUCCAUCGGUUGUGGACACUCAGUACAUGGACGCGCGCUGCUCGUCGUUCCACUUCUACGACUCGUCUUGCACGUUCUAA